CCAGGGGGAAAGAGCCGCCGCAAUGAGCUGGAGUUUCCACCACUGGGGAGUUCCUGAACUGGGAGUCACACUCUGUGGAUACAAUGCAGUGACGCUGGGACGCUGGGUUAGCAGGAAAUAGUAAAUAAAGCCAUUGUUUCCCCUACUUGGAGAAAUGACCAGUACAGAAGAAGCAGGAUGAAAAGAUGGCCGACUUCUUGUUAACAUCGGGUUCUAAUAGCUUCCACCAGUUCACGCCUGAAUCCUUGGCUGCUAUUGAGAAGCGAAUUGCAGAGAAACUUGCAAGGAAUGCUAAGCAGGAGCACAGAGAGCAGCCAGAUGAUGAAGAAAAGCCUCAGCCUCAGUUUGACUUACAAGCUUGCAAAAAGUUACCGGGUAUCUAUGGGACUCUUCCUCCAGAGCUCAUUGGGGAACCACUGGAGGAUCUUGAUCCUUACUACAAUGACCACAAGACAUUUAUAGUACUGAACAAAGGGAAGACAAUCUUUCGAUUUAGUGCCACUCCUGCCUUGUAUAUACUUAGUCCUUUUCAUCCAGUCAGAAGAGCAGCAAUUAAAAUUUUGGUACAUUCAUUGUUCAGUAUGUUUAUUAUGUGCACUAUUUUAACCAACUGUGUGUUCAUGGCACAAUCGGAGGUUCAAUCAUGGAAUAAAUAUGUUGAGUACACUUUCACUGGUAUUUACACUUUUGAAUCAUUGAUAAAAAUACUGGCAAGAGGAUUUUGUAUGACAGAAUUCACCUUCCUUCGAGAUCCAUGGAAUUGGCUGGAUUUCAGUGUCAUUGUUAUGGCAUACAUAACUGAAUUUGUGGACCUGGGCAAUGUCUCAGCCUUACGAACGUUCAGAGUACUUCGGGCGCUGAAAACAAUCUCAGUCAUUUCAGGACUGAAGACCAUCGUAGGUGCACUGAUCCAGUCUGUUAAGAAACUUGCUGAUGUGAUGAUCCUGACCGUUUUCUGCUUGAGUGUCUUUGCCCUUAUAGGCCUCCAGCUCUUUAUGGGCAAUUUGAGACAUAAGUGUGUCAGGAACUACACCGAAUUUAACUCUACCAAUGGCACAUCUUAUUCAGGCAUUCAGAAGUGGAAUUCCUUGGAUGAUUUUCUUAAUGAUCCAGAAAACUACUUCAUAAAAAAUGGCACUUCGGAUGCACUACUCUGUGGCAACAGCUCAGAUGCUGGCACGUGUCCAACGGGAUAUAGAUGCCUAAAGGCUGGUGAAAAUCCUGAUCAUGGCUAUACAAGCUUUGAUACUUUUGGCUGGGCCUUUCUCUCUUUGUUCCGCCUGAUGACACAAGAUUACUGGGAGCGUCUCUAUCAACAGACUCUGAGAUCUGCUGGGAAGAUCUACAUGCUCUUUUUUAUGUUGGUCAUCUUUCUGGGCUCAUUUUAUCUGAUCAAUUUAAUCCUGGCUGUAGUAGCCAUGGCUUAUGAAGAGCAGAACCAAGCCACUAUUGCUGAAACAGAGGAAAAGGAAAGGAAGUUUCGGGAAGCCAUGGAAAUGUUAAAGAAAGAGCAGGAGGCACUGGCUGCUAAAGGAAUUGAUUCAAUGUCACUUAGCUCAUUUGAAAUGUCACCUUUAGCAUCCAAAAACGCAAAAGAGAGAAGAAAUAGGAGAAUGAAAAAGAGGUCCUUGGGGGUAGAAGAUUAUGGGGAAGACCAAAAGGUUCCCAAAUCUGAGUAUGAUGGUGGUCAGCGAAGAAUGACUCUGCUUGACAUUAGCUAUGGUCCAAAUGCAAACUCAGUGAAGCGCAGAGCCAGCCAUGGAAGUAUAUUCAGUUUCCGAUUCCGUGGCAGAGACAUUGGCUCCGAAACAGAUUUUGCCGACGAUGAGAUCAGCACUGCCGGGGAAAAUGAAAGCCAGCGUGGCUCACUCUUAAUUCCAAGGACUGGGAGACGUUCAAGCAUGCAAAGUCAAGCAAGCCAUAGCUCUCGCCCUCCUACUCCAAACUGCAUGCAGAAUGGGAAGAGGAACAGCUCAGUGGAUUGCAAUGGUGUGGUUUCCUUGAUAGGGGCGCACAACCCAGAUGCAACAUCUCCUUCAGGGUUACUACUGCCCCCAGUUAUUAUGGAAAACCCUGGGACAGGCGAUGUGACCUCUCCAUCUGAUGAGGCAAGCAAGAAGCAGCUUUUGAUGCCCCAUCGCCUUUCAGUGGACCACUGUGACCAGCCAUUUCAAAGACAACGAGCAGUGAGUGCAGUCAGUAUCAUUACCAGUGCCAUGGAAGAGCUUGAGGAAUCACAACAGCGAUGUCCUCCAUGCUGGAAUUAUUUUACUGUUAAAUUUCUCAUUUGGGAUUGCUGUCCAUUGUGGUUGUUAAUCAAGAAAUAUGUGAAGUUUGUGGUAAUGGAUCCAUUUACUGACCUCACGAUCACCCUUUGCAUUGUGAUGAAUACUCUCUUCAUGGCAUUGGAGCAUUACAAGAUGACAAAAGAGUUUGAUGACAUGCUUUACGUAGGCAAUCUGGUCUUCACUGGGAUUUUUACAGCGGAAAUGAUCUUCAAAAUAAUUGCCUUAGAUCCCUACUACUAUUUUCAGCAGGGCUGGAAUAUUUUUGACAGUAUAAUUGUUAUCCUAAGCCUAAUGGAACUGGGUUUAUCCAGCAUGGGAAAUCUGUCUGUUUUACGCUCAUUCAGAUUGCUGAGAGUCUUCAAAUUGGCAAAGUCCUGGCCAACCUUAAAUACUCUCAUUAAAAUCAUUGGUAACUCAGUGGGUGCCCUGGGUAACCUCACCCUGGUUCUGGCGAUCAUAGUCUUUAUUUUUGCUGUGGUAGGAAUGCAACUUUUUGGGGAAAAAUAUGCUGAAAAAUGCUGUAAAAUAUCUGAGGAUUGUAAGCCACGUUGGCAUUUUAUGGAUUUUUUCCACUCAUUCCUUAUUAUAUUCCGAAUUCUCUGUGGAGAAUGGAUUGAAACCAUGUGGGAUUGUAUGGAAGUAGCUGGGCAACCAUUGUGCCUUCUCGUCUUCUUGCUGGUCAUGGUGAUAGGAAACCUAGUGGUGCUCAACCUGUUCCUUGCCUUGCUACUGAGUUCUUUUAGUGCUGACAACCUUUCAGCACCAGAUGAAGAUGGAGAGAUGAACAAUCUGCAGCUCGCUUUUGCUCGGAUCAACAGGGGGCUUCAGUAUCUGAAAAACACAACAUGGGAUUUCUGUUGUAAUUUACUUAGGCAUCCAAAGACGACAGCUGAAAAGAAGGCAAUGAUUAAACUUGCUGCCCAGAACACAAGUGUCCUUCACAACUAUGUGAAUAGCCAUACCACUGGAGAGAUUGGUAAAGAUGUGGAGAACCACACAGAGAACCUUGCUGAUGAUGGAACUGACAAAAAUGGGCAGAAACUCCCAGUGAUUAGUGACAGUGAUGAUUUUCUGACCAACCCUGACCUGUCCAUCUGUGUUCCCAUUGCUUUGGGGGAGUCUGAUAUUGAAGAUCAAGAAGAUGAUGAGGAGCAGAGCACAUUCACAGAAAUGGAACAG